ACAUUCCUCCAGCCAAUCACGAGUGAAGCCUUGAAGAUGGAAAGGAUGUGCAGCCAAUCAGAAAAGUAAUUCCCUGUUUGAUGGGCUGGUCUUGCUUCCAGAGUUGGGAUAAUGUUGUAAAGAGCUUUGUUUUACUCCAUUUCAACACUAAUGGUAGUUUGCAGGGAAAGUUAAAGCCUACAUGUUGCGAGAAAAUGCAGUCAUAAACUUUAACAAAGCGUUGUCUCUUAUGUCUGACUCUGAACUUUUUGUCCACACUGGCGUCCGGUGAGGUAAUGUAUCGGGAAUGUAAUAAUGUUAUAUCCAUUGGCAGCAUCAGUAGUCGCUUCGGGCCACUUCUAUUUUGUUUCUAAACUUCAACUGAAGCACAGAAUAUCCAGCGGCUUGGAUUUAGGCCGACGGCUCCUCUCGCAAGCUGUGGAAAACCAUGAGGACGGAGGCACAACUUUAUGGAAAUGGAUUAUUCUGCUGUGUGUUACAGGAGGGGCAGCUCAUGUGGAAAAAAAGCCUUUGUUUGACGGAGUGUUUUGAUUAUCUCUGUCAAUCUGCUUGAGCUGUUUUCUGUACUACCUUCUGGGGGCGGAGGGUCCGACCGGCGGAGAGGGACACGGCGGAGGGAGUCCUGAGUCCUGCUGCCGUGCUGCGUCCUCAAAUCACUUUAAAACGCCUUGGUGAGACUAAAGUUCUGAAUGCAUGCAGCUGUCUGUCGCUACUUUUGUUUAAUGACUGUAGACUCCCUUUGUGGAAAACAAACAAAGUAGUAAGAGACAGCAUCAGUCACUGAUUAAACUGAAAGUUGACAAAUAAGCUCGAACUUUAUGGCCCUCGUUCGCACACAAACUUGUUGUAAAGUUUGCUCUCGGUGCAGGUAUUGCGUUCAAGUGUGUAUGUGACUAUGGUGGAAAGCCGGAGCUGUGUUCAGAGGGAGGGGGUGUACCGCUGGUUCUCUUUCCUCACCUCAGCCCAGCGUACAGAGUUCCUGUGCGGCCUUCUGGACCUCUGCGUCCCUAUAGAGCUCCGCUUCCUCGGCUCCUGCCUGGAAGACUUGGCCCGCAAGGACUACCACUCACUUCGGGAUGCAGAGAUCAAGGCCAACAACCCCGUCGACCUGUCUGGCCUCACCAACAUCACGGAGGAGGUGGUGCGCAGCAAGCUGCUGGUGUCCCUCGCCCUGCUGUGCUCGGACAAUAGGGAUGCGGCGGGGGUCCUGUAUCGGACUCUGACCCACAUUGACACUGUGAUCAAUAAUUACGGCCUGGCGCUGAACGACGGGAGGACGGAGGAGCAGUUCCUCUUACUAUUCACUAUGGCCUCUCAUCACCCGGCCUUUAGCUUCCACCAGAAGCAAGUACUGAGACAGCAGCUCAGCCAAAUCCAAGAGAUACUGCAGGUGAGCAGUGAAGCAGCAAGAGGAGCAGAGACUCCAGCAGCAGGCCCUAGCAAUGAUAAAGCAGCCACCUGUUAUACUCAGCCACAUCACCAUGAUCACAACAAGCCUGCUUCCCUGCCAUUGGCCUCUUUGCCCCCCACUUCCUGCUCCUUGCCUGAUGCCAGUGCUUCUUACCUGCCUAUGCCUGCCAGCCAAACCUGCCAUACACACUGUCCCUGCUGGCACACGAGUCAGAGCAGAGAGGCCAACACAGUUGCAGGGCUGGGUUCUGGGGUCACCGUAGGACGACGAGAUCAAGUGGUCAGCCAGGAACUCAUUUCUCCUCCAUCAGACCUCCCUCCGCCUCCGCCUCCGCCUCCCCCUCCUCUCCCUCCUCCACCACCCUCCCCUCCUCAUAUCUCUACUCCUCUACCUUCUGGGCAGGGCCCUGACUCAGUAGCACAAAGCAAAAUCCACAUGGGAAAGGCAGGAAAAGUGGGAAUUGAGAGUGUGGUGUUGAGAGGAGAAACACACACGUCUGAAGACAUCAGUGAAUAUGUGUUUGAGGUCAGGUGGUCAGAUGGUUUCGUGUCAUCAAUUGUCAGAACUCAGGAUGAGCUAACAGAGCUGCUUUCUCAGCUUUCACAAGCAUUUCCUGAUGAAGGACUGGAAAAAUGCCUCCCCCAGUCCAUAGAGCUGGAUCCCAGGUGUCUUACAGCUCUACCCGGCCAUGUCCUUCAGCACCAACGUUUCCAGCUUUUUUUCACCUCCACCAGGCCCCACUCACCCAACUCUCCUCCCUCCCUCCCGUCCCCUAGUGGCCCCCCGUUACCAUCCUCUAUACCCACAGCUCCAGUAGCCCCUACAUAUCCGUUCACCUCCAGCUCUAAUCUUGGCUGUAUGGUUCAGCACAGAGGAACCAACAGGGCGAUAUACAGAGUGGCCAGUGUCCAGCCUGUCAUCAGCAACCACAGCUCUGUCUUGACCCGCCCUUCCCCUCACAUGUCCUCCCUCCCUCCCCCUCUUCCUUCUUCCAUACCUCCCCCCCAGCACUCCCCCAAGCUGUCCUUUUUCCCUCCCUCUGUGCCAGCCUUGCCAAUUCAGGGAUCAAUGGCUGGCGGAGGGGACCCUUCCUCCUCCCAGACACAUGGCCAGUCCCACUCUUAUCCUCAGCAAAACCCCCAGCACCACCUCCCCCCACAAACCAGCAGUCAGUCCUGCGCACUGCCUCAGUCCCUUUACCUGCCCCAUUCCAGUUCAGCAUCCCACUCACAUUCUCAGUCCCUUUCAUAUCCUCAGUCCCAUUCCCAGUCUCGUUCCCAGUCCCAUACACAAGUACCAUCCCAGUCCCAGCCCAACAGUCCAGAGCAGAACGGAAUCCUGGACUGGCUCCGCAGGCUUCGGCUCCAUAAGUAUUACCCAGUCUUUAAACAGCUCACCAUGGAGGAGUUUUUAGCACUGACGGAGGAAGACCUAGAUAAAUACGACCUGACACAAGGAGCAAAGAAGAAACUCAAGACUCAGCUAGAGCUACAGAAGUCAGCAGACAGGGAGAUGAAGAUAGAGAAGCGGUCUUGCAACAGCAUCGCUAGGGUGACACCUUCAAGUCACAUGGGACACGCAACAAAUCCCGCCUCCACUGCAGAGCUUCAGGUGGAGGUGGACGCUGUGCCGCACCAUCACUUUGUCUCAAAGGACAUCAGCUCAUCCUCAGGCUACUCAAGCUCCCCCUGCUCCCCUCAAACACCACUCUGCUGUGACUCCACCUAUGAUAGGACCAGAGACAUUCACCGGCGGGUGUCUGGUCCAGACACAGCAGGGGUUGGUCCAGAGAAGGACCGAUCCUGCCUCUUCAUGUUAAACUCCAGCUGCCCCACUGGCUUUAGCCGCCCGACCGCCCAGGUCCUACCUGUCCAAACUGAUCCAGCAACCUCUCUCCCUCCCUCAUGCUCCUUCAGCCUCCCGCAGUCUCCCUACCACCCACAGGCUAGUUACCCCCAGACACUGCUCUCCCCAGUCUCAAACCCAGCCCGCAUCCUGACUUCUCCACGUAAGCCAAGGCCUCCUCCACUCUGCACUGAGGAAAGGACAAAGCCAAUGGGCUCUGGUUAUCCAUCAACCAGUGCCGGAUUCAGUAAGGGGCUAAGUGUAGGGAUUGGUGUGAGGUUGGAAAACCUGUUCCCUGGGCUCAAAAUGGAUGGCUCCACCAAACUACAGGACUCAUUGGUUUGUUGUGAAAUGGCAGGAGGUGCCGUGGGUCUAAUGGUAGAAACCAGUUCUGCUCUGACCUCUACCUCCAACAGCCUGCACCAUGUCUCCCAUCCCCCUCUGCACUUUCACCUUUCUUCCUCUUCAUCUCCCUCGUUGUCUGGAUACUACUCCUCCCCACCUACUUCAUCUGCCUCCUGCUCCUUCUCUUCUUUCUUAUCCUCCUCAUGUCCUUCCACAAAGUCUGGCUCACUCUCUGGUACUGGUAACGGUGGAGGCUUUAUUCCCAUUGCAACGGCAAGCAGUGUUCCCAUUGAUGCAGUGCCUUACUACCUACCACAGCCUACCUCUAGUCCCUCCUCAUCCUCCUGCUCUGGUUCUUCAUUGGAUCAAAGUUCAGGUCACAACCUGUCUCUGUGUGUCUGCAGCUCCUGUGGUUGUCGGGGUAACUGUGGUGCCUACGGUAUGUUGCCUGGAUACACAGCGGCUGGCUACCUGCAGUCGUUCUCAGCCUGCCCCUCCCUCUUUACUCUUGGCCCUCUUUUCCAUUUCAGUCCCUUGGUCACCUCAUCAAGUGCUUGCGGCACUGGAGCUACUUCUUUCUCCUACCCCAUGAAAAUGCCGCCUCCCCUCUAUCACAACAGUCCUAUUCCACAUGAGCAGCAGCAGGGCUUUGCCUUCUACCAUUCCCAAAGCAUGGGAAAUGGAAGCCAGAAACAGCCAGCAGUGGGCCUGUCUUGUUAUAACUGCGGUGCCAACGGACAUAGAGCAGAGGAGUGCAAACAGCCCCCCAUGGGAUCAGCACAGCAAGGAACUUAUCGACUGAAUUACUCUCCUCACUCUGACAGUAAGGACUCAGGGGACUAAGCAGAAACACCAUCAGAUUUGACCUGAAUGACUCCUGAUAUAACUGUACCUCAUGUUCCUGCUGAAGCGAACAUGCAGCAGCCACAUGAUACAAAAGGGAUGAACAGCGGCACACUGCUUCUACUACAGUUACAGGUACUACAGGAAGAUGACAAAGCGAGGAGGAAAAAAAGAGGCGGCUAAAACUGUGUUUUUUUUCAUUAAAUUAGUUUUCAUCCUCUUUAGAUCUCCGAAUUUACAAAAUUCAAAAGGAUGGAUGGAUGUGUUAUCUCUGCACUGCUUCAUGUCAGAUAGCUUUGCCUUUCCCUCAGAAGAAAUAUUUCAAACAGACAUUCAGUUACCUAUGUUACCUUGUGACCAGAAAAUCUCAGAAUCUGCUUCCCAGCUAAAUAAUUGGGCUAUAGAUAAAGGCAAAUUACUUCAAAUUACUUGGGCUUGAAGGAUGGGGCCUGGAAUCACUGCUAGGUUUUCAGAGUUAAUAGGGAUGGAUAUGCAGGACCAUACAGGGCCUAUAAAGUUCCUGUGGCUAUUGUGUUAUGUUGAUUCUAAAUAGAGGCAGUUUUGUAGGGUUCCGAGUCAUUUUGCACUUUUCCAAUAUAGAAACCCCAAAACUGACCUCAGAGAGAGCAAAGUGACCUCUUGUAGGAAAUAUUGUUCAUUACGUAACAUACAGCAUAAUUAGUUCCAAUGGGAAUUUUGGUGCCAACAUUACAAUACAAAAUAAGAGUAACACAAAACAGCAUCAAAUAUAUGAAAAGCAAAACACUAAAUAUAAACAGUUUUAAGUGGAUGAGGGUUUCAGAAACUGUGCCUAUGUAUGGGAUGAAUAGAAAUAUGAUAAAUUAAGUAACAACGGAAGCUAAGUACAACAGUAAUGGCAUGAUUGAUAGUAGUAUUAGCAGACCCAGGCACCAAACAGUGCAGACAGGUCAGUGAUAGCUAGAACAUAACCUGGGUAACAAUAUUCUAUAUUUAUGGUAAUUGUAUAUGAUUAUAAAGACACGUGAUGUUGCACAUGAGAGUCAGUGUUGAGAGAGGAAUAUUGCACAUAACAAUGAACAAAAAAAGCCCAAAGUGGAAAAGUAAUAUUGCACACAAAAGGAAAUGUAAUAUUGUACAUAAAUAUGAGUCGUCUUUGUCCAUGAUAAUGAACAUAAUACAGUCCAGUAAUGAAAGUUUGUGUUGCACAUUUUAUGAACAUUAAUGUACAGUGCAGGACAGGAUCUAUACAUUAUAUUGUAAAAUGUUUCAAAUCUUCUCCUGCUGUUCAGAAUGACUGUGGAGCACACGCCAGAGUUUCUGGGGUCAUUCAGGCUGGAUUGCCUUUUCCAGAGUGCCAUAACGCCAAAUGAUGUUUCAUUCAUCAUGUUGGUGUAAGUGAAUAGAUUUUUAGCGGCUGGACAAUAAUUGGAAAAGUUUUUCUUCCUCCAGCGUAGAAGAAAUAUAGCGUACUCUUUUUUUGUAAUUGAAGCAAAUUAAUGAUAUUUUUUACCUUCAAUAACAACAUCUUCAUUUUGUUCUUAUUUGAUUGAACUAUAACUUAUCUUUUAUACACGUCAUGCCCCAAACACAGGUUCUUAAACUUUGUCACUUGGAUUGAGGGGCUACACUCAGAAGAAUGUACAGGCUUUAUGAAAAAUACAUUUCAGGGCGACUGAGUUGAAACGAGUUUAACUAAAUUGGAUAAUGUGCAUUAUAUUCAAGUUUAUUUCUGUGGAUUAGUUGCUGGGCAGGACCCAGAGUUUUACAGACACAAAGACAGCUGGUCUUUUAGAUGAAACUAUCUGUACUCCUGGAGGGCUCAGCAUAGGUAUAUGUUUAUUUAAGAUAUUAAAUGUGGAACAAUCGGUAAGGAGAACAACUUCUGAAUUAGAAAAAUUGUCAAAAUGUGCUUUUAUAAUGUUUUGCUAAAGAAUGUUUAAUAUAACCAGUAUCAAACAGCACACCUUUGUUUUUCAGCUAAAUGUUCAUUGAACUUUUUCUAACAGUCUUGAUGAACAUGGCCGUAUAAAAACCAUUUGUUCAAAAGUUGCACAGCAGAAAAUUAUGACACCAUGUAUCAUACCAAAAAAAUGCCUUAUUUUGAUUUAUUUACGUUUGUCAUAUAGUUCAUCUUGUGUAGGGUUUUUGAAACUGUCAAGUUUAACUGUCUCUUAAAAAGCAAGGAUAUCCUGAAUUUGUAGGAGUCAGAAUCAAAACCAGGUUAAACAAAUACUCAAGCAUGCAUGUUGCUUCAUCUUUAAUAAAAUGUGCUUUUGGAUGUUUCCGUGCAAAACUCUGAAUGGUUUCUUUUUGUUCACUUUUUGCUCAGAUUUUAUACUGCAUACGGUGUUGAAAAAUGUGUUUUAUCUCAACUUUGACAGAUAAACACCUUUGGGUAAUAAAAUAUUUUUUGAUUCUUUUAA